GAGGAGGUCGCGUAGAACAGCAGUUCCUACUGACGACAUCAGCACUCACCGCCUGACUCGGGCCAGGAACAAUAUCAGUAGGAGCGGUAGUUAGCUUGCUAGAAACCGCUCAUGUUGAGUCGGGCUGCGGUUGACGUGCUGGACUUACAGUUGCUAUCCAUCAAGGAUAUUGGAGCAAAAGCACAACUUUAACCUGACCACGUCACAAAACUGGAAGGUCGGUUCGAAAACACAAACUAGCUAGCUGUCGUAGCUAUCUAGCGUGCUACUUCCCUUUUACGUCCUGCUGGAGAGGCCUGCCUCCUUCGUUCAUCACCGCCCUAGAGUAGGAAGCUUUUACCGUGAUUCUCAACUGUUUGCUCGCCUCUUUUUUAGGUCCUCCUGAUGUGUAGCCCAGCAGACGAUGCUUGUUGACUCUGCAGCGCCCGCGGUCUGGUCCACUGCUCAGCUGCCGACAGUUAGCAGUUGCACCAUGCCCGACUCCGCCUGGAUCGUUACGAGACGGUUCCUCAAGUCCUCCAAAUGAUAUGAUCGUAGCCGCCUGGAUUGCAUUCUGUGCCACCAGAAGCCUUGCGCGUGGUCUGCUGCUCACCUUAGAGCAGCUGCACUUGCUACGGUUUUGGGAGCGUGCCACCGCAGCCGGGACCAUGGGCAACAGCUGUGUGUGCAGGGAGGACAGCGAUGUGGAGGACGGAUCGGCGCAUCGCGGGCAACUGAGACGCGUUGAUCAUACGGCCGCGGAGCCACCGGAAACACGCAGUAGCCGACCUCGGGACCCAGUCAGACCGCCGAGGCGCGGCCGUGGACCACACGAACCUCGGAGGAAGAAACAGAACGUAGAUGGACUGGUACUGGAUACCUUAGCCGUCAUUAGGACACUAGUUGACAAUGACCAGGAACCACCGUACUCUAUGAUCACUCUGCACGAGAUGGCUGAGACAGACGACGGCUGGUUGGAGGUGGUCCAGUCUCUGAUUCGGGUGAUCCCGCUGGACGAUCCCCUGGGCCCGGCCGUCAUCACCCUUCUCCUGGAUGAGUGCCCACUGCCCACCAAAGACGCUCUGCAGAAGCUGUCGGACAUGUUGAGUCUCAGUGCCGUUGUGGCGCGGCAGGACGCCGUCAUUCCAGCCAAACACCGCAACACCACGGCCGUGCUGGGCUGCCUGGCCGAGAAGCUGGCUGGUCCAGCGAGCAUCGGCCUGCUCAGCCCCGGCACCCUGGAGUACCUGCUGGAGAGCCUGAGUUCCGAGGCCCACCCCACCGUCAUGCUGUUUGCUCUCAUCGCUCUGGAGAAGUUCUCGCAGACGAGUGAGAACAAGCUGACGGUGUCACAUUCCUGCAUCAGUGAUCGGCUAGCUGUCCUGGAGUCCUGGGCCAGCCACUCCCAGUACCUUAAACGUCAGGUUGGGUUCUGUUCCCAAUGGAGCCUGGACAACCUCUUCUUAAAGGAGGGGCGGCAGUUCACCUAUGAGAAGGUGAACCUGAGCAACAUCAACGCCAUGCUGAACAGCAACGACGUGAGCGAGUACCUGAAGAUCUCUCCCAGCGGGCUGGAAGCGCGCUGCGAUGCCUCCUCUUUCGAGAGCGUGCGCUGCACCUUCUGUGUGGACUCGGGAGUGUGGUACUACGAGGUCACCGUCAUCACCUCUGGGGUCAUGCAGAUCGGCUGGGCCACCAGGGACAGCAAGUUCCUCAACCACGAGGGUUACGGUAUUGGGGAUGAUGAAUUCUCCUGCGCGUACGACGGCUGCAGGCAGCUGAUCUGGUACAACGCACGCAGUAAACCACACUCCCACCCCUGCUGGAAGGAGGGUGAUGCCAUUGGCUUCCUGCUGGACCUGAGUAAGAAACAGAUGAUCUUCUACCUAAACGGGCAUCAGCUGCCUCCUGAAAAGCAGGUCUUCUCCUCCACCACGUCUGGCUUCUUUGCAGCAGCAAGCUUCAUGUCCUAUCAGCAGUGCGAGUUUAACUUCGGGGCAACCCCCUUCCGACAUCCGCCCCCCGUCAAGUUCAGCACCUUCAACGACUUCGCCUCGCUGGCGCCCGACGAGAAGAUCAUCCUGCCCAGGCACCGGCGCCUGGCUCUGCUGAAGCAGGUCAGCAUCAGAGACAAUUGCUGCACCCUCUGCUGCGACCAGAUGGCCGACACGGAGCUGCGACCCUGCGGACACGGUGGGAUGUGCAUGCAGUGUGCCUUACAGCUGGAGACCUGCCCGCUGUGUCGUCAGGACAUCCAGAGUCGCAUCAGACUCAUCUCGCACGUGUCCUGACACCCGCGUCGCCCAGCCAAUCAGGGGGCGAGGAUAAGGACAAGGACAAGCCCCCCCCCCCCACUGCAACUGUCACUGCUUGGACCCUGGACCCAGACGCAUACCACCGAGAGUACAGCUGAGAGAUGGAAGGAAGGACCGAUUUUAUUUCUCCCUCUGAACACCCUUGCGACACGCCUCCCUAAGCACAGGUUUGGGAAGAAGAGCACCCGUCCGGUUGGCAAAGGCCAGAAGUAUUCCAAAGAGUGAAGGGUUUGAGAACCUUCUCCUAGUGAAGAGUUGGAGAAACUUCUCCAAGUGAAGGGGAGGAGAAACUUCCUUCUACACAGUCACAUACCCUGCCCCUUUCCCCAACCGCUACUCUCUCCAAAUUGUUCUGCACACCCUCUGGUUCAGUCUGUGGGUUUUUGUUUUUUUUAAUCAAAUAUUUUAUUCCAGCAGUUGAAAGUGGAACAGUAACAAAGACCGUUCUCUUGCAUCAGUCAAAGAUCCUGCAAGGUAGUGCUAGUGCUAGUCUUUAAAUCUAAGGGACACGCCGCCCCCAAAUCUGUUGCCUUCUUUCUCUCAUUCCCCUCCUGCAGUCUGUGGUUUUGGAGUCAUUCCUCGACUUUCUGCUAAACGCUUUGGGUAAAGGACAAGUGUGUACAGAUCAACAUGAGAUUGCCUAAUUGUGUGGAAGGAAUGAUUGAAACCGAUGUUUAGUAAAAAAAGAAAAUAAAAAAUAAGCUUGAAUUUAAUUAGAAAAAAAGAAGAAAUAAAUUCAAUGUUGCACAGCAGAGAUUGUGGGAAUAUUUUGAUACCAAGAGUGAUGGAAAUGACAUCAUCCCUUGGACAACAUUCCAUGGAUAUCCCCCAGAAGAAAUUCCUGAGCCCUCCACUCCUGCCCUCCCUAAUGCAGCACUGUCCACAAUGGGGACUGUACUUGAAGCAGCAGUCAGGUCAUCAACUGGCCUUAUUUUGGGAUCCCGAACCUCCAAGAUCACUCCCAAUCACUGCAAACCAAUUACUGCAUAAAAUCACUAAUCUCGGCAGACCAAACCAUUGAGAUCUUCUGAAACGGGUGUCUGUGUUCAGUCAAGUUUAGUCUCUUUAUUUUAUUUUAUUUUUUCCCUUCAUGAGAAUAUGCUGGUCUGUUAUUUUUUUAAUUAGCUGUAAUUCACCCCUGUUGUAGUUUUCUGUCAAGACGGUCGUUUUAUUUACAGACAAUAAAUAUGGGUUCCCAAAGUUA